CCUCACGAUCGUCCGAAACCGAAACCGAAACCGAAUCCGCUAUGUUAGAAUUCUUAAUUCGGAGCUGCGUCUCUUCUCUUGUCCAACUUUCUUUAAAUUCUCAUAUUGACUCCAGCUCGGAAGGUGUUUCUGUGCACAUCGUGCCGGCUCUCCUUCUCCCUAUCCAUCUCCGCCCCUCGCUACACCAGUCUGAACUUUUCUAGGGUUCAUUUGAUCCGAUCUUUCGAUUUGGUGGUGGGGAUAUUGGGCAAGCAGUGGAGCAAUAGCUGGAACUGGAAUGGCACACAAAAUAGAUCAUGAAUAUGAUUAUCUCUUUAAGAUCGUGCUUAUAGGUGACUCCGGUGUUGGAAAAUCCAACAUACUGUCGAGGUUUACCCGGAACGAGUUCUCCUUGGAUUCCAAAUCCACGAUCGGUGUGGAAUUCGCCACGAAAACGCUUCAGAUAGAAGGGAAGAUGGUCAAGGCUCAGAUAUGGGACACUGCUGGCCAAGAAAGAUACAGAGCCAUCACCAGUGCCUAUUACCGAGGUGCAGUUGGAGCCUUUCUCGUUUAUGACAUCACUAAGAGGCAAACUUUUGAAAAUAUCCAGAGGUGGCUACGUGAACUUAGAGACCAUGCAGACUCCAACAUUGUUAUUAUGAUGGCUGGUAACAAGUCCGAUCUGAAACAUUUAAGAGCUAUUUCAACAGAAGAUGCACAGUUGAUGGCUGAGAAAGAAGGGCUUUCGUUUCUGGAGACUUCAGCAUUGGAAGCAAUCAAUAUAGACAAAGCUUUCGAGACUAUACUAAAGGAGAUUUUCCGCAUUGUAAGCAAGAAGGCACUUGCUGCACAAGAGGCUGCAGCUUUGGCUGGACCUCGUAUUCAGGGAACAACCAUCAAUGUAUCUGAUUCCAGUGGGAGUACUAAAAGCUUCUGCUGCUCCACUUAGUUGAUUGAUUGUUUUGUAGGAAAUACGGUGAUAUUUGAUGAGCCUUUGAGAUUUCUAUUUGGGUGGAAGCAAUUCUGUACUUGGUGGUUGGUACUGCGAGGUAGAUUUCUUUUCACAGUGAGAAGCAAAAAAAAUUGAAAGUUUUCAGCAGCAAUUGAUACAUGACAUAUGAAGCGUAGAUUUAUUUUUGUUUCAAGGAGUGUAAUACACACUUUUCAUGCACCGUGAACUUUAAUAGUGUGACUGUCAUCGUUUGGCCCAAGUGGAAAUCAGCUAUGUAAUAAAGUUUGUGAUUUUGCUUCUUA